CUUUCCUUUCUCCCAGAACAAGAAGCAGACCCAGGGAGAAGUGACCAAGUGUCUCAAGCAACCUCCCGUCCUCCCCGCCGCCGCUUCCUCGUUUCUCUCCUCCAAUCCACACCCACCCACCACUCUCCUCUUCUCUUCUCUCGAAAAAAGAACCAGCUAGCGAGCAAUCCAUAUCCCCGCCAUGUCCGCGUCGCCGGAGUUCUACAAGCCAGCGCCGCCGGCGUUCUCGCCGCCGACGCUCCUCCUGCACGGGGCAGGGGCGGACGACAGCGCCGCCGCCGCGACCAUGUGGCAGGAGGAUCAGGACUACCGCUGCCGGACGCCGACGGGCGGCGAGAGCCAGGUGAAGCCGCCGGGGACGUGCCCGCCGGCGCCGCGGAAGCCGCGGGCGCCCGCGGCGUGCCGGAAGCGCCUGUUCGAGGUCGAAGUGCUCAGCCUGCGGCUGGAGGAGCUGGAGCAGCUCUUCUGGCGCCCGCGCCCCGCGCCUCCGCCGCCGCCGCCCGCCCAGAAGAAGAAGCGCCGGAGGGUGGCCUGCACGGGGCCCAACAAGAAGAGCAUCUAGAUAGCUAGGGCUAGUAGCUUCGUGUACUGUAGGUGCCAGUAGUGGAGAUCGAGUAGCAGCGGUAGCUAGGUGCAGGGCCAAGUGGUCUUGGCUGGAUGAGAUGAGAGGAGGUGCAUUUCAGUGCAUGCAUGGUAGUAGGGGGUGUUAGGAGUACUGCGUUUUUUUACUGCUGUACUACAGUCUGCUGUUCCUAGAUGCUGUUCACUCGUUCAGUUCAGUGCAUAUAUACGAUGCUAGUGUUGUGGUCA